UUCUAAGGCACGCUGGUCUGAGCCAAAGAAGCCAGGCGGACCAGGGUGGGAGCCCCACCCACCAGCAAGGAUAUAUAAAAGCUCGGGGACCUGAAGGGACAUUCACAAUUCAGCAGCAAGCUUCAGCAAGUUACCCGCAGCUCUCUGUCUACACCAUGUCCUACAACUGUUCGACAAGAAACUGCUCUUCCAGGCCUAUUGGAGGACACUGCACUGUCCCCGUGGUUCCGGCUGCCACAGCUUCUUCCCAAGAUGCUGACUGUCUGAGUGGCAUCUAUUUGCCCAGUUCCUUCCAGACUGGCUCCUGGCUCCUGGACCACUGCCAGGGGUCCUCCUGUGAGUCCAACGCUUGCCAGCCAACCUGUUACCAGUCCAGUCCCUGCGUCUCCAGCCAUGGACAGGUGACCUGCUCUCGGCAAACCACCUGUGUCUCCAAUCCUUGCUCAAGCACCUACAGCCGGCCACUCACCUUUGUCUCCAGUGGCUGUCAGCCCCUGGGGGGCAUCUCCACUGGGUGCCAACCCAUGGGAGGAGUCUCCACUGUCUGCCAACCAGCCUGCGGGUUCUCCAGGACGUACCAGCGGUCCUGCAUGUCCAGCUGUCGAAGAACUUGCUAA